AUGGCGCCCAAAGAACUCAACUUCAUCACAGGCAACAAGAACAAACUCGCCGAAGUCCAAGUCAUUCUCUCCUCCACCCCUGUCAAGCUGCAGUCACAGAGUAUUGAUUUACCGGAAUUACAAGGCACGAUUGAGGAGAUUUCGAAUGAUAAGGCGAGGAGGGCUGCUGAGGUGGUUCAAGGGCCAGUGCUGGUGGAGGAUACAUGCCUCUGCUUCAACGCCUUUGAUGAGUUGCCUGGGCCUUAUGUGAAAUGGUUCCUGAAGGCACUGGGGGUGCAGCAGUUCCAUAGACUUCUCGCCGGCUUCGACGACAAGUCCGCUCAGGCCGUUUGCACAUUCGCGUACUGCGAGGGUCCGGGCCAUGAACCUAUUAUUUUCCAGGGUCGGACUGAUGGUAAAAUCGUGGCUGCGCGAGGACCGACUGAUUUCGGCUGGGAUGCAUGUUUUGAGUACGAGGGCCAGACGUAUGCGGAGAUGGCGAAGGAGCAGAAGAAUAAGAUUUCGCAUCGGGGUCGGGCGUUGGCGAAGCUAACGGAAUGGUUGAAGCACGAGGUGUAG